AUCUCUCGGGGCAACGCGAUGGCGAGCGUGAGCGAGGCUUCCGCUGAGCGGCUCUUCUCCCUGGAGCUGCUGGUGGACUGGGUGCGCCUGGAAACACGGCUGCUGCCGCCGCUGCCGCCGUCGGAAGACGAAGAUGAGUCCGGCCCGCCUCCGCCCGGCUCCCUCCGCCUGGCCGUAGCCUUCCGCCUGCUGGACUUCCCCACGUUGCUGGUGUACCCUCCUGGAGGCCCCGCUUCUACUUCCCGCGGGCGCCCGCCUGGCUCGUUCCGCUUCGGCCGCGGCAAGUCCUGCCUCUUCCGCUUGGAUGCGGCCACCCUGCAGCGCCUGCUGGGCCUUUCCCCGCUCUAUGCGUUGCUCUUGACCGUACCCCCCGGCAACCCGACCCCGGCUCCGAAGCUCUUGGGGAGCUGUAGUAUUUCCUUGGCCCCUGCUGCCCGGGGUCUCAUUGGAGAGGGGAAGGGGCUCUCAGCCACGGGAGCCUCCCGGGGCCACCGAGGUCUUUAUAUCCUGAGAGACCUGAUGGGGGAGCAAGUCGGGCAAAUAUACCUAGGCUACCGUUUGACCGAUUUGGGGAGCACCUUGCUGGGCCAUAUCCCCCCAAAGACAUCCGGGGCCUUCCAGAGGGAGGAGAAUCCUUCGAGUGGUAGGGUUAGUAGAGUGGAGGAAAUGAGGACAAAUGAGAGUAGUCCUCCAGCCCCACAGGGAAAAGAGCCAUUUCCUCCCCCACUCAUAAGCUUUGCUCAAUUGGAUCCAGAGGAAUUGGAAGAUGUGGAAGAGCCAAAACAGCGGGAAGAUGUGGUUGAGAUAGUUACCUAUGAUAAAACUAAGCCAAAGCAACAGGAAUAUGUGGUUAAGAUAGUUAAAACUCCCAGCAAAUGCAACAGGAGUGAUUUAGGUACAGAAUUGACAGACUCUUCCCAGUCGGAGACUACAGUGUCAAAUGAGGUUAGAGAAAGCCAUAGUACAAAAAAUCAGGAAGUUACAGAGUUAGAACUUGAAACAAACAUAAUUUGCCCUCCACCUCUCUAUUAUUCUCAUCUGGAGCCAAAAAAGGUACCAUCAUCUAAGGGCAAAUUCAUAAAUGUACCUCAAAUUAGUGUGCUUAGGGAAUCAAAUGAUGUGGUUCAGGAAGAAAGGGUCCCAUGCCCCUUGGUAAAGAACCAUGAUGCCCCAUCUAAUCAAAGUCAAACUACAAUGGCCCAAUCUCAGACUGACCAAGGUAGACUUUUUGAUCAAGAUAAACUUGACACAAUAAGGCAGUUACCUCUAUUAAAUGCUUUAUUGGUUGAGUUAUCUUUAUUAUAUAACCAGCCCCUUGCAACUGGUACUGGUAUACACUCCCACUUAGCCUGGUUAUACAGGCCUCAGGAUGGUAAGGCCCCAGAAUCUUCUGACAAUGCCACUUGUAAAACUGAAGAAGUGGGAGACAAGUUUUUACCCAGGGAAAAAGAAGAGGUCCUAAGUCCUCCAUUAAUAAGGAACCAGGUUGGACACAACCUCAGGAAAGGUGUAUGUUUUGAGAAAAACAGGAGCACCCAGAAAAAAGUGGUUCCAAGAAGAAAGCUAUUUUAUGGCCUAACAAAUACGCUCAAACUCCGUUUAAAGCGGACAAACCCAAACAUGUUAAUACUACAUGAAAAAAGAGAACAGUAUAGAAAAAUGCAAACAGAAAUGCCAGAUACAGAAAAGCUUAAAAUUUUAUCAUCUAAAAGAAAAAGUUCUUCAAAUGAGCAUGGGAAGCCACACACACUUCCUAGUGAUCUGUGUUCUGCUUCAGAUGUUCUUUUUGUUGAAAAUACUAAAAGUGUAAAGCAAGAAGGGGUGAAAUCUGAAGGCCAAAGCUCUACAAAAGAAACUCAUGUUUCAAGAACUGGAACUGAGAAGGAGAUAAAUGUUCAAAUCAAAGCAAAUAAGGACUCAUUUAUAGAAACUGUCAAUAUGAUGAACCCCAUUUUACCAGAAAAGGUCACUGCUACACGUGUUUCAGAAAGAUUUAAGAAGGAAGUAAAAGUCCAUCUUCUAGAUUCUGAUUCAGAGAAUACUAGCAUAGACAAUAUUGUCAUAGAUUUUAGUAAUGGAGCAAAUGAAACUGUGGGUUGUGAUUUUCAUCCUCCUAAUUCAUGUGAUACUGAACAAAGUAAAAAUAGCCAUUCUGAAAGCAUACCAGAACUUAAGUAUUCUGAUGACUUUAUUAGUCCUUGCUAUUCUGAAGAUUUUUCCAGUGCUGAUGAUACUUUUAAAAGUUCUAGAGUUCAUGAUAGUAGCCCUGAAUUGGAAGGAGAUAACCUCAGUUGUUUAGAUACUGAUGGUAAAUCUAGUGAAUCUAGAAUAUCUAGAAAAAGUCAUAAAAGUGAAAUAAAUUCUGUUCUUACCCCACCUUUUUCAGCUGGCUCGCCAGUACAUUCAUAUAAAAAAUCUCAUCUUUCAAAGUCUCAGGGCAAAAGUCUAGUAGAUGCAAAUAGUAUCUCCAGCAAUGACCUUUCCUCACAUUGGAGUGAAGGGAAGAAGAAGCAAAAUGACCAAAACAACAUUCAUAAUUCUGAAACAAGGAAUAGUCAAGGCACCCUUGAUAAACUUAACUCAAGAGCUGGCCAAAAAUCUUUAGAAAAAAGCCAAUCACUAAGGACAUCUCAAGUGAGUUCUUAUUUGCCAUCUAAUAUGUCUGAACUAGAACUUAGUGCUCUGGACAGCAUUACCUCAGAUCAGUUUGAAGAAAAUGAUGAACUUGGCUCGCUAGAUAUUGGCAAACAAUACAAAGACAUUUGUGAAUUAGUAAUAAAUAAGCUUCCUGGGUAUACAGUAUAAGAUUGGGGUUUUUUAUAUUUAACUUUUUAAAAAUCUAGUAUAUAGUUAGUAAAAUUUCAUAACAUUUACCUUUCUUAUUUUUAUACAUAAGUUAUGUGAAUGCAUUCAUUAUGGAAAUGCAAAAUAAAAUUUUGCUUAUGUGCCAUGUUUUUACUGUUCAAAAUCAGUAUUUCUCUAUAAACAAUUUGGAAUAGGUUGUGAAACCCUUGUAAGCCUCAUAAAGUUUUCUGUUUUGUUCUGAUAAAGAUACAAAUGCUUUAGAAAUUGGUUCUGAGGAACAAUCUAAGUUAAGCAGUUUAUAUCCAACAAAGUUAGGGGGAAAAAAGCAAUGCUUAUGCUAGGAGGUCCUAUGGGGAUUGUCAUAGGGAAGUUUUUAUUCAUUAUGGGACACUUCUUGUAUUUUAGUUCCUGUUUUAACCACUGUGACGUAAAGAUGUAAGAUGGUAUCCAUAAUUCCAAGGAGUUUCCAUCCCAGUAAAUGCCAUUACAAUCUUAUGUAGUAAACAGGCCUGAAAGAAAAGUAGUAGGAAUAAGAUAUUCCUCCUCAAAAUGAAAGAUAAAGCCACAAAGAAACUUGAUAAAAGAACAACCAGUGUUUGUGCUACUAAUAUAAAAUUGCACAAAUGAUUUUAAUCUAUUUUUACUUCGUUGGUGGAGGGCAAGAAAGCAAGGAACUACUCUGAAUGAGAUGCCAAUCGAGAGAAGGAGAAGGUAAGAUAUGUCAUGGUUGUGAAGGAAGUUUUAGGGAUGGGGACUGUUAAACCACAACCAAGAUACAUGAAUGAGAAUAUGGACCUUAAUCAAAGAGAUAAUAUGAAAGUUAAGGAUUUCUUAAACUGAAGGAAAAGGAUUAAUGAUGGAAUUUUAAAAACUAAUAAAACAAGAUCCUGAAUUGUAAUUUUAUGAUUAAAUUUUGUGCCAUGUAUAUAUGGUUUUAAAUCAGAGACAGGAAUAAGCAUUCACUGGUUUUGAUGAAGAGAUCUAUUAUUGAUACUAUACUGUUUGGACUUUCUGGCUCCAGGUACAAGCCCUUUCUCUGGUACUUACAACCUACAUGACUAAGGGUAAAUCAUAGAGUCAGAGAUUUGGACUGGGAAGUAUGUAGGUAGGGGUAGAAUGUGAGGUUUGACUUAAAAAAUGGGUAGGAUUUGCAUUGAUGUUUGGGGAGGGGGAAAUUUUAGGAGAAAGAUCAAUGUGAACAAAGGCAUAGAAGGGCAAAUGAUUUUACUAUUCAUGUGAUAGAAAGGAGAGUAGUAGUAAGUUCCCUAAUGGGAAAUAAUGUUGGAUAAAUAAAGUACAUCAGUACAAACUGAUGAUGUUUGUUAUUGAUGUGGGGAGGUAGGCUUGAAACAUCCCUGCUAAUGAAGCAUCUUUUUUCUUGGUUGUACUACUCCCCACACUAUCCCUUUGGGACUCACCUAUGGAAUUACUUUCCAUGCUUCUUGAACUCAACACUUAGCAAAUUGAUUGGUACUCUUGGUCUGAUCUUCUUGGCAUCUGACACCAUGAUCUCCCUCCUGUGUUGUAUGGACAGAUUUCUAAUUAAAUGACAACAGCCUAGACUUGUUCUACAUUCUUUUUUGCUUUGUACUUUGUCCUUGAUGCUUCUGACUUCUGUUACCUUCCUGCUAUCAGUCUUGUGCUUGUGCUUGUGACUUGGUGAAAUGGAGAGUUACUGUAGGUUCUUGACCAGAGGAAUAGUGAUUUUGAAGAAUAAUUUGGCCAUGAUAAAAUACUUUGUUAAAAGUUAGUGAGAUAUUUUACUUGUAAGAUAAUGAUUUUAAAAUAUGAAGCAUUUUCACUUUCAUGAUCUUUUUUUCCCAAAAAAACAGUGUACUAUUCUCAUAAAAUAAGUAAUUAAAUGUCAAAUAGGCACAGAAAUAUAUAAAUAUAAUUCAAUUCAACAAACUUUUAUUAAGUUCCUACUAUGUAUGUAUAAUAAAUGAUAUUCAGAAUAGUGUUCAAGUGGCCUUGCAAAUAUUUUCUCCCUUUAAUUUUUUAAAAAGAUUUUCUGAGUUUUAACAACCACAGAAUAGAAUGAUUUCCAUAUACAAACUAUAGUAGAUAAAUUAUACAUGAAGCCAU